AUGAAAAACGAUUCUCAAGCUUUCAUUCUUUUUUUUCUCGCAGGAGUUGAUGUACCAACAUUUGAACAUAUGAGCUUUAGACAGCACUUCAUAGAUGGAUUGGAGCCGGAGGGGGCUUCUCUUGCAGUUUACGUAGAUGAUAAGAAAGUAGUUGAUUUAUGGGGUGGUUACGCUGAUUUUCAGGCGAACAGAAUAUGGAAAAAGGAUACUAUUACUGUGGCUUUUUCAACAACCAAGGCUGUUGCAGCUGUUUGCAUAGCUCUGUUGGCUGAUAGAGGAAGACUUAGUUAUGAUGACCUCGUCUCAAAGCAUUGGCCAGGCUUUGCAAAAAAUGGCAAAGAAAACAUCACCGUAAACUGGGCGGUGUCACACAUGGCGGGUUUAUACUAUUUCGAAACUCCAAUAACGAAGCUAAUGGUAAAAGACCACAACCUCAUAAGGGAAGCGAUAGAAAAUGAAACACCAAAAUUCACGCCAGGAGAAAGGAGCGGUUAUCAUGCUCUUACCUACGGAUAUCUCGUUGAUCAGAUCAUCAGACACACGGACGAGAAAAAGCGUGGGAUAGGACAGUUUUUCAGAGAAGAAAUCGCUCAGCCCAAUGGUGAGUUUUCAUGGUUUUGCUUGAAUGCCAACAAUGACGAAUGGGAUCUGCUCAAUUACGCAAGCGCUGUAGUCUUGAGAGCUUAUCAGUGUGCUAGAAUGAAGACAGACCUUGCGGGACUAUUCAUAAACUAUACAAUUUCAUUGAGUGAGUGAAA